UUCCCGAACCCCAAUUUCCCCAGCAUUUGGCUUCUUCUCUCUCUUCCUUCUUGGAUCUGCGGAGUUGGGUGGUGUUCAAGGAUCGAGCUCUGGAAGUUUGGGUUUUUGCGAGACGAAAGUGAUUGGUUUGCUUGUGAGACUGAGGAAUAAUGAUGGUAUGAGGUUUCUGUGGCCAUACACGAUUGAUUUUUCAUCGAGACGAAUGAGUGGGACUUAACUCUUGGCUCGAGAAAAGUUGUAAACCCAAGGAACAUCAAUGGAAGCUCAUGAUAAUUGUCAAGUAAACUAUGAAGAGCUCCCACAAAUCCUAGUCCUUGAACCACCACCAAUCAUGAUUUUCUAUGGGGACCAGUUCUUGAAAAACUUCAGAUUGUUGAAAGCAUGGGAGUCACAACUUCCGCUAGACCAAUUCUUGACCAUCCAUGCACAGUCGGUUCAAGCCCUCCUCUCCCCCGGACGCUACCUGCUCACCACCGACAUCCUCCAGCUGCUCCCCUCCCUGCAGCUUGUGGUUACCACCAGCGCUGGCCUUGAUCACAUCAACUUGCCAGAGUGCCGGAGGCGUGGAAUUUCCAUAGCCAAUGCCAAUGAUACGUACUCAGCAGAUGUUGCUGAUAUGGCUGUUGGACUAUUGAUUGAUGUGUUCAGGAAGAUGUCUUCUGCUGACUCGUUUGUGAGGAAAGGGCUUUGGCCUACUAAAGGAGACUUUCCUCUUGGCUCUAAGUUGGGAGGCAAGCGAGUUGGCAUAGUUGGUUUAGGAAGCAUUGGCCAAGAAGUGGCAAAAAGGCUCCAUGCCUUUGGCUGCAGAAUCUCAUACAGCUCAAGGAACAAGAAGCCAUACGUUUCAUACCCUUUUUAUCCCAGUGUUGUUCAACUUGCCAAAGAUUGCGAUGUGCUAAUUGUCUGUUGUGGUCUAACCCAACAGACACACCACAUGAUCAAUAAGGAUGUCAUGUUAGCAUUGGGAAAGGAAGGCGUCGUCAUUAAUGUAGGACGUGGGCCGAUAAUCAAGGAGGAGGAACUGGUGCAGUGCUUGGUGCAGGGUGAGCUAGGAGGAGCUGGUUUGGAUGUGUUCGAAAAUGAGCCUAAUGUUCCUGGAGAGCUUUUCACUUUGGAUAAGGUUGUGUUAUCACCACAUAGGGCUGUUCACACUGCAGAGACUUUGAUGGCAAUGUGUGAACUUGUGAAAGCGAAUUUUGAAGCUUUCUUCUCAAACAAACCCUUACCAUCUCCUAUCGUUUUGAAUAAUUGAACUUAUCGUCCUAUUCUCUCUGCAAGUGAUUCUCCAUAUUGGUGUGUGAUGUAAUGAAAUGUUACUUACAAAAUGAUCAUAUAUUUUUCAUUGCAGAUCCUAUUGAUCAGCAAUGUGAGUAAUAAUAGAGAUACAAUUAUAAUUUA